AUCCCAGUACUGAAUUUAUGUUUUAGCAGCGUUCAGUGCAGUGAUGGCUGUGGGGUAGUAGAAACUGUUUUUCAGUCUAUUUGUCCUUCGUUUCAUGCACCUGUGCCUCCUGUCUGAGGGCAGCAGUUUAAAAAAAAGCAAAUGCAUUGUAUUUGCUAAGGUGUAGGAUUCCUUUUUUUUUUUUUAAAUGCAGCUUUUGUAGCUAAUUGCUGCGUUCCAUGUGCGACUGACCUCUGACCUCUUUGAGGUUUUUUUUGCACCAUAAAUGUAGAAUUUAAUGAUCCUCAGACGCCUACUUAAUAGGUGGAGCAACGAGAAAAGAAUUAGGUCAUGGGAAGAACACAGGUUUGUAAUUGGAGCCAGUUUUCUGCAGACUUGCUAUAACCUGUCCAUCCACUUCCUUAUCCAAUAUUAAUCAGAGGGACUUGGAGUGUCCUCUCGGAGCUUCUCUUGAAACCUCAGUCACAAUAUUGGAUUGCAACUCGCUUGGAGCACCUGUGCAAGGGAGCGGAUCUGGACAUCAGCCGGUGGAGAUGAGAUUUAAAGGACAUUUAUGGGCCCAACGCCAUUAACCGUGAAGUGGCAGCCUACAUGAGGGAAAUGCACCAUCAUCAGAGUCUCACACCCGGCCUAUGAAGUGAAUUCAACAAGAACAUGCUGUGAUAUUGUCUUCAGAGUACUUCUGGGAAAAACUACAUCCCAACAGGAACAUUGUGAUACACUGGGACAUUACAUAUCCAAUCAGCAAGACAGCAAGAUCUAAGAUUCAUGCAUACAUACGUCACUGAUUCUCAUCUGGGUGAAUAAAUCAUCCCAGACAUAAAAAACAGAUGUGAUUGGGGAAGAGGAGUAUCUUGGCUUCAACCUCUAACACCUUAAAGAUAAACACCACAAGAUAAACAGUAGCCAUGCACAGCCCUGAAAUUGUGGCAGGUUAUCCAAGUGGGUGUGUGGUGGAUAAAGAUGCAAAUCCAGAGACAACAUUGGGGAGUGCCUACUCUCCAGUAGACUACAUGAGCAUCACCAGCUUCCCACGGCUGCCAGAGGAUGACAUGCAGUCCGGUGAUAACACCCUGAAAUCACGCAAGGAUGAUGACAACGUCCUAAGUGAGCAGGAUACAGACCCAGAUCUGUUUCUGAAAUCAGCUCGCCUUCAACGUCUCCCCUCCUCCGCUUCAGACCUGGCAAGCCAUGAUCUGGCAUCCUUGCGAGAGACCACCAAAGACCCCUUCACGGAAGACUGUGCAUGCCAGCGGGAUGGAUUGACAGUCAUCAUCACGGCGUGUCUCACCUUUGCCACCGGAGUCACAGUAGCUCUCAUCAUGCAGAUCUACUUCGGAGACCCUCAGGUCUUUAACCAAGGUGCCGUGGUAACAGAUGUGGCGCAGUGUACAUCCCUUGGCUUUGAUGUUCUCGGGAAACAGGGGUCCAGUGUUGACGCUGCCAUUACUGCUGCCCUCUGCUUAGGAAUCGUCCAUCCUCACACCUCUGGGAUUGGAGGUGGUGGAGUUUUGUUGGUGCAUGACAUCCGUAAGAAUGAAACGAGGGUUAUCGACUUCAGAGAGACGGCGCCUUCUGCCAUACACGAAGAGAUGCUGCUGAAGAACCUUGAUGUUAAUCCGGGCCUGCUUGUGGGAGUACCAGGCAUGCUUAGUGGGCUGCAUCAGGCACAUCAGCUCUAUGGCAGAAUGCCGUGGAAGGAUGUGGUUACCAUGGCAGCAGAUGUGGCCAGAAAUGGAUUUAAUGUUACUCAUGACCUUGCUGAAGCUCUGGCUAAAGUAAAAGAUCAAAACAUGUCAGAAGCGUUUCAGGAUCUGUUCCUCCCAAACGGCCAGGCUCCCCUCUCUGGGCUGUUCUUCAGACGUCUUGAUCUAGCAGCCAUCUUGGAUGAUGUCUCAGUCAAGGGAAUAUCUGAGUUCUACAGUGGGAAUCUGACGCAGGAAAUGACAGCAGCAGUACAAGCAAGAGGAGGAGUGCUCACAGAGGAUGACUUUGCAAACUACAGCACAGUGUUACAGCAGCCAGCAGAGAUUAUCUAUCAAGGACACCAUGUGAUGACAGCACCAGCUCCACAUGCAGGUGUUGGUUUGAUCACUGCUCUCAACAUUCUGGAAGGCUACAACAUUACCAGCCAGAUGACAAGGAACAGCACCUACCACUGGAUCACAGAGGCUGUGAAAAUAGCACUUGCCCUGGCCAGUGGGCUGGGAGACCCCAUGUAUGACUCUUCUGUUUCUGAAAUUGUCAAGAAGAUGCAAAGUAAAUCACAAGCUCAACUUUUCCGCCAAAUGAUAAGUGACUCUCAGGCUUUUCCUGCUGACCAUUAUACUCCAUCAUUUCACUUGGAGGAAGGUGCAACAGCUGCACAAGUCAUGGUCAUGGGUCCAGAUGAUCACAUCGUAUCAUUUAUGAGCUCUCUGAACAAACCAUUCGGCAGUGGAAUAGUGACCCCCUCAGGAAUCCUCUUGAAUAGCCAGAUUCUGGACUUCUCCUGGCCCAAUAAAAGCAGAAGCUCAUCACCAAACCCACAUAACAAAGUGCAGCCUGGAAAAAGACCCAUGUCCUUCCUGAUGCCCACAGCAGUGAGACCUGCCGUGGGGUUAUGUGGCACAUACUUAGCUGUUGGAUCGUCCAAUGGAGAUAAAGCUCUCAGUGGCAUCACACAGGUGCUGAUGAAUGUUUUGUCAUCACGAAAAAAUAUGAGUGACAGCCUAACGUAUGGAAGACUCCACCCACAGCUUCAGCCAAACACCGUCCUGGUGGACUCUGAGUUUUCAGAAGAAGACGUGGAACUGCUCCAGGCCAAAGGUCACAAGGUGGAGCGAACAGACGUUCUCUCAUUGGUGGAAGGCACCCGCAGAACCAAUGACCUCAUCAUUGGGGUGAAGGAUCCUCGAAGUCCUGAUGCCUCUGCCCUCUCUAUGUCCAACAUGCCCUAGUGUAUCCCUCAUUCCCACGCUACUUACACAUGAUGAAGAAGUGACAAGAGUAACAAUGUAGGAUUCAUGUUAUCGAGGGAAUACGGAAGCUACUCAUCAACUAAUUCACUAAAGCAUAUCUUAAAGGAGAAAUAUGUGAAGUAGACUGUCAUUAAGACACUUUGUCUGAGAUGAUAGGUUAUAGAAGUGCAAUUGUACAUUUGUAAAGACAGAAACCUUCAAAGCAUCACCAUCUCACAUCCUGAUUAUGGUGUGCUCUCACAGUGUUCAAAUUGUAUCUAAAUCCCUUAAUGGCCCAUAUUACAGAGAUCACAUGCAUCAUGUGCUAAUUUAUAUAUGUCUGAGGCAUUCAGCACAAUAAAUGGUGGGGUUCAGAGUAUAUUCUUUUGUAGAGGUAUAUGAAAAAGUGUAAUCGCUUUUAUUGCUGCCACUCAGUGUUGUGGAAAUAGCUAGUUUCUGGCCUGUGUGGUGAUUUACAUACUGAAUAUGGGGCCAGACAUUUAAAUUGAAAUGUGUCCAGUGAAAAAGUGAUCUUAGAAAUAAUUGGCUGGCACAAAAGAAGAGAUGAUGGCACCCAAGGAAACCACCAUUUGCUGCACACGCUCGAUCCUGGGUGACCCACUUUUAUGAUUUUCAAUUCUUCCCAUGCCUUUGACUAAUAUUUUUUAAAGAACACAGAAGAUCACACAGACAUAUUGAAGGUCGUCAUAUUUAAACCUGUGAGAAAGACUGGCACUGCCGCACCUGAUCUUGACUAUAAACAACAAAACUCAGAGGCUAAAUCAUUUACCCUCCCUUCUUCAAAUGGUGUGUAACUGUGUUAGAUGUUGUUUGCUGCUGGAGUUUGUGUCCAUGGUUCCUUAGGACCAUGUUUAGACUAACACAAAGUAAAUCAUACAGAAAUAUGGUAAGAUUUUCACAUCUGUCGAUUUCCUUAAGGAAGAGAAAUAGCUUAACAGGUUUUAUUUAUUAUUACUGGUAGAAUAUGUGUAUUUGAAUAUUUAAUUUCAGAAAUGUAUUUGUUGCAUGACUUGUGUUCAUUUAAAGCUUGUAGCUUGCAUUUUUUGUACACAGACCAGGGAUCCUUGUUUUUACAUUGGGAAUGGUCAGAUUCUUCACAGAUGGAUGUAAUCUGUCUAUUUUUGUAGUAAUAUUAGUUGGGCUGUAUGCAUUUUACUACUGUUGUAACAAAAUGCAUUCAAUGAGCACACUUUAAAAGGCUUUUAUGUUUCUUUUUUGGUUACUUGUUUGAUGAUUUUUGGAUGCAUAUUUAAAGCUUGAACCAAAAGCAAUUUUAGAGAAUGACAUUCUUGUGGAUUCAUUUUAGGAUGUGCUGACCGAUCAAACAUGCCCUUAACCUUAUUGUCUCUGUUGUUGGGCACUAGUGCAAUAUGACUGUUGAUUGUUUCUUGUACUGUAGAGUGCCAUGCCUUAAGAUUACACAUUUGCACAACACCUGAUAUUCGAUCUCAUGUUCAUUUAUAUCGGAUUUCAUUUAAAACCAGCACUGUCCAAACCCAAUAAAUACAAUGCACACACUCUAA